AUGGCAAUGUGCGAACGGAACCCUCUGAAUCCGGGCUAUGUUGGACCUCUGUUGAAUUUGGCCCCUGGCCCCGAGUCGCUCUACUUGUCCAACUUGCGCGGCAAUGGUGCGCACAUGCCCGCGCUGCACCACCACCACCACCACCACCACAUCCCCUACAACCGGAGGGCAGAGCUGUGCGCGCUCCCGUGGCCCGCCUCGAAUCCGUGCACGUCCGGCCCGGUCGCUCCGCCGCCACAGAGCCGCGCCUUCGGAGCUUUCUGCCCGCCGUUCCGCUCCAGCUCGACCGCGCCUGUAAGCGACGACAACAACCACCACCACCCGGCCAAGGCUGCCCAGGAGGAGCCUCCGCGUCCUCCGCCGCCCCCUCGGUGUCUGCCGGGCCCCGACCACAAGGCGCCGCCGUCGGCGGGACCUCACCAGGUCUACGCCGGGGAGCUGCAGGGCCACCAGCGCGGGUAUUUGGACGCGCAGGGCCAGCUGGAGCAGGAAUGUGCGGGUCGGCUCGACGCGAACAAGCCCGCGUCCGCGCUCAGCUGCACCAGGUCCACUUUUCUUGAAGGUGGCACCUGGUGCUCGUCCCACCUGGUGAGGAGCAGGAAAAAGAGGAAGCCUUACUCCAAGCCUCAGCUGGCUGAACUUGAGAGCGAGUUCCUGCUCAAUGAGUUCAUCAACAGGCAGAAGCGCAAAGAACUUUCCGAGAGACUGGACCUGAGUGACCAGCAGGUGAAGAUCUGGUUCCAGAACCGCAGGAUGAAGAAGAAACGACUCAUGAUGCGAGAACAAACCUUUGGCCUGUAUUGA